AUGGGGUCUAACAACGGGAGAACUACCAAGCUCCCUCUGGUCCCCCUCGCCAAGGGGUUUGUCCUCCUUCCCGGUGUGACGCUACGCAUCCCAGUGUCCAACCGUCCAGAUCUCACAAACCUACUGUCGUCAUUGGUCGACCGGCCUCAGAAGCGCGACGGCAACUCGAUCACCUUUGGCUGUGUCCCGUUGAACUCGCCAUUUCUGAGCCACGAUGGACAGCAGCUGUUGGAGGGUGAUGACUCUGAUGAACAGAGAAAGGAGGAGUAUGACGCAAUUGAUGCUGGACAAGCGCGCAAGGAUGACCUCUUUCGAUAUGGCGUUGUCGGGAAAGUGAUCGGCGUCCAGCGCCGGGCCUACGCCGAACCCUUCCUCUUGGUGCAAGGUUCACAGAGGUUUACCAUCAAGAAAAUCCUCAAGGAUCGCCCGUUCUUUGAGGCAGAGAUAUUGCUUCACGAUGAGAAUAGUGAGUUCUCUCCCCACUCCCUCUAUAGCUACUCCCUGAUAUCAAACAAUCAUCGUGACUUACACCCCGCCCGUCUUCCAGCUGCGUCUAUUCACGGCGACUCGGAAGCAGCUGACCUGUUCCAACAACUGCGGCAGCUAUCCCGUGAGCUGUUGACUCUGUUGCGCCUCUCCUCGUUGCUGUCAGCUGCCUCGACUCGCCUAUCACCUUUGGUGGCUCGGAAGUUUGAACUUUAUAUCUCCAAGACCGAAUUAUCACAAGCGGGGAAACUCGCUGAUUUCAUGGCCGACGUUUCGGAUGCAAGCUUCGAAGAGAAAUUACGGAUUCUGUCUUCUUUCGAUGUAAAGGAACGACUGGAGCGCGUGGUGGAAAUCUUGACCCGCCAAGCCCAGCAUAUUAAGAGCAGCGUUAAGGUGACCUCCAUCACCACAACAUCCUUCCCGCCAAACUCCAAUGUGGAUAUUGGCCAGAUUGACCCGCGGGAGCGUGAAAUCCUGGCACGGCGUGCGAUGCAGGGCCUGUCGGGUCUUACACCCCCUGGGCCUGCGGGCGGGCGUGGUAAUGAUAACGAAGAAAAAGAGCCAAAUGAGGUGGACGAACUUCAGCAGAAACUCAAUGAUGCCCAGCUGAGCCCGGAGGCUCGGAAAGUCGCGGAUAAGGAGCUGAAGCGCCUGCGCAAGAUGAACCCCGCUAACGCCGAAUAUGGGGUUUGCCGUACUUAUCUUGAGAACUUGGCGGAGAUUCCGUGGGCCAAGGUGACCGAGGAUCAACUUGGUCCGGACACACUUAAGCGAGCCCGGACGCAACUGGACGAGGAUCAUUAUGGAUUGGAGCGCAUCAAGAAGAGACUGUUAGAGUAUCUCGCAGUGCUACGGCUAAAGCAAUCUACCAACCUCGGUAUGGAUCGUCAGAUUGAGGAACUUACUAAGGAUCUGGAAGCCUCAUCUUCUGGGGACCUGGAGAAAGACGUUCCACUGCUUUCCGAGCCAGACCGCGUUGCACUGGAGACCCGCCUAGAGAUCCUCAAGUCAAAGCGCAUGACGGAUAAGUCGCCUAUCCUAUUACUUGCUGGACCACCCGGAACCGGCAAGACCAGCUUGGCCCGAUCAGUCGCUGCUUCACUGGGCCGUAAGUUCCACCGGAUUUCCCUCGGUGGUGUCCGCGAUGAGGCUGAAAUCCGUGGCCAUCGCCGAACUUAUGUUGCCGCUAUGCCGGGUUUGAUUGUGAAUGGACUGAAGAAGGUCGGCGUUGCCAACCCUGUGUUCUUGCUUGAUGAGAUUGACAAGGUUGGCGGUGCCAACUUCCAAGGUGAUCCAUCGGCUGCUAUGCUGGAGGUCUUGGAUCCCGAGCAGAACCACACGUUUACCGACCACUAUAUCAAUAUUCCCAUCGACUUAAGCAAAGUUCUUUUCAUUGCCACCGCCAACUCCCUGGAUACCAUCCCGGCGCCCUUACUUGACCGCAUGGAAACCAUCUCUCUGUCUGGAUACACCACCGUUGAGAAGCGGCAUAUCGCUAAACGUCAUCUCAUUCCCAAGCAGAUCCGAGCCAACGGCUUGACUGAUGGGCAGGUCAACCUAUCUGAUGAGGUUAUUGAUAAGACUAUUACAUCAUACACACGCGAGUCUGGCGUUCGUAACCUCGAGCGCGAGAUAGGCUCGAUCUGUCGCCACAAGGCUGUUCAGUUUGCUGAUGCCGGAGACGCGAAUCGCCUAGAUGAGUACAAUCCAUUGGUAACUCUUGAAGACUUGGAAGAUAUUUUGGGCAUCGAACGCUUUGAAGAAGAGAUUGCCGAGAAGCAGGGCCGGCCCGGUGUCGUCACCGGUCUUGUUGCCUACUCCACUGGAGGCCAGGGAAGCAUCCUUUUUAUUGAGGUGGCUGACAUGCCCGGAAAUGGCCGUGUUCAGCUCACUGGCAAACUCGGCGAUGUCCUGAAGGAGUCCGUAGAGGUCGCUUUGACCUGGGUGAAGGCCCAUUCAUUCGAACUAGGCCUCACCCAUGACCCGAACGAAGAUAUCAUGAAGAGCCGCAGUCUGCAUGUCCACUGCCCGUCUGGUGCCAUCCCGAAGGACGGCCCUUCGGCUGGCUUGGCGCAUACCGUGGCGCUCAUCUCGUUGUUCACCAACAAGGCCGUCCCGCCGCAGAUCGCCAUGACUGGCGAGAUCUCGCUGCGCGGUCGUGUGAUGCCUGUUGGUGGUAUUAAGGAGAAGCUUAUUGGUGCGCUGCGCGCAGGCGUGAAGACCGUGCUGCUGCCAUAUCCUAAUCGCAAGGACGUCAAGGACGUUCCGCAGGAGGUCAGCGAUGGGUUGGAGAUUAUCUACGUCCAGCACAUCUGGGAAGCACUCCGCCACAUCUGGCCUGACGCGCACUGGCCUGGCCAGCACCACAUGAACUUCGUCGAGAGCCGAUUGUAG